GGGCAUGUUCCAUUCCUCACCACCUCCUGAACACAGAGCAAAAUGACAUCCUGGAGAGGGAGUGACACGGAUCAGCCUGGGAGCAGGGAGGAGCUGCUGCUGAACCGUCUGGGGUCUCUGGGUCUGUGCACAAAGGGGGCCCUGCAGGCGCCCUGCCAAGCUCCCAGGAUGGAGGCGGGCCCAUGCCCAGCCCCAGGCGAGGGAGGAGCCACGACCCAGGUGGAGCAGGUGGAGAGCCUGGGCUCAGGUGUGUCCCAGGCAGAGGCGGGAAGUGAUUGCUCCCUGGCCGGGGGAGGCAGAGGAGAGCCUGCGGUGGUCUCCAGAUCCUGCUCCGCGAGGCGGGUUUGUCUCCCAGACUCUGCCUCGGAGGAAAGCCAUGGAAGAGGAAGGAGUGAGAAACUUCAAGGAACUUCGAGCCAAAUUUCAAAAGUUUGAUGCUCCAACGCUUCCAGGACCUAUUAAAUUCCCAGCAGGUGUUUCUCAAAAGGGUGACUUGGUAUGCACAAGGCCAAUUCAGAUCCUGGCCAAGGAGAAACCCCUGUCUUCUAACCAUAGUCAGCUCCCACCACAUUCCUGCAGUGGUGAGUUCCGGCCUCAUAAAACCCAGAAAACCAACGUGGCCCAGAGGAGUGAAACUCAGAAGAGUUCAAGUUCCCCAGGACCUCCAGCAAAGUCUCAUGUGUGUUCUGCAGGAAAAUUCCAGAAGGCCUCUCUGCUGUUAGAUGUGACUGGGUCAAACACCGAGAACACCACCAAGGAGAGAGUGAUGACAUCCAGCAGCUUCAGAGACAAGCUCAGGAACUGGGAGAAGGUUUCCUCUCAGAAAAAUGAGACCUCAUCAGCCCUUCUCCUUGCUGAUUGUGAAGGGAAGGCCUUCCAUUUGGAAGGGCAAAAAGGCAUGGGGCUUGUCCAAGAGAAGCCCAGGAAAAAGCUGGAAACCAAGGGAGCCCAGACCCUACCUUCUCAGAGGCACUUGAUGGCCCAAAGAAAAUCACUCACCACCUCCAAAGAUUCCUCUUCUCUACUUUCUCCAGGUGGCUGGAAGAGCCAGGAAAUUCCUGGUCCUGAGAGGAACCUGGCAGGCAGUACCUGCCAGGCUGUUUAUGAGUGUGAGCUUGCCAACCAGGCCCCAGUCUCAGAAAAACAGCCAGAUAUCAGGCAUCAUCAGUUUCCCAAAACAAGACCACUGCCUUCCAUUGAAUCCCUGGGUCCUCCUCCCCCAAAACCAUCAAAGCCUCCCAGUGUGAACCUCCAGGUCUUCCAGAGGCAGCCAGCUUCUAUUGCCAAGACCCCAAAUGAAGUGACCAUAAAAGAGGGCUGCCCACCUCCGGAGAGUGCUGAAUUUGAAGAACCACAUAAUUAUGAGGCAACAAUUUCAUAUCGGAGACACUCUGGCAACUCCAUUAACCUGUGCACUGCAAAAGAAAUUGCUGAUUCAACUUAUGAAGUUGGCAUUGAAGAACUCCAAAAGCCUUGGAAGAGUUUUCUCCAUCAAGAACUUAGCCCUAAACAUGAAGAUCCAGAUAGAAGAACGAAGGAAUCAGAGCCUCAUAUGAUGGAAAAGGAUCCACAUGCAAACAAUCCUUCUAAGGUGGAUGUCUGCGAAGGGGCACCUGCAAAAAUCCAGAUGACCAGAAUCCAUGGAGGCCGAGGGAGCAUGCCAGAUGGGAAACAGGAAACCGUCACCGACAUCCUUCAGACGAAGAUUUGCCCGGAGGACAUGAAGCUAGCCAGUCACUCUGAAGGCCAGAGUGGGUACGUGGAGGCUUUGGAGGUGACAGGAGAAACCCCAGGCCCAGGUGCCUUUAAGUCAAGCCCCCUCCCGGAGGAGACCUAUGACGAUGUGGAGUAUCCUAGGACAGAUGUACCAAAGUUGGACUUCUCCAGUUCUUUCACCUCAGAUAGCGAAGAAAAUUGUGAAGAAAUAUAUGAAGACAUCUAUAAAACAAAAAGCAAUUACCCCAAAAUAGAUUUAGAUGGAAAAGAAGCACUUAAAAGACUGCAACAAUUCUUCAGAAAGGAAAAGGGUAGAUUUAAAAUGAAGAAAACCAAGUCUAAAGAAAAUGUAAGUGCAUUUUCCAUUUCACUGCCUGAUUUAGAACUUAGGUCUCAGGACGUUAUCAUCUAUGAUGAUGUGGACAUAAGUGAAAAAGAGUCAAAAGAUGAAGAUAAAAUGAAAACUUGGAAGCCCAAGUUUUUGAUACCAAAGGGGAAAAAAGAGAAGAAAGGUGCUGAUGGAUCAGAAAGGUGUGAACACAGUUUUUCUCCUAGAAAGUUCUUCAGAACCAAGAAGCAAAACUUAGAAAAGAACAGAAUGGGAAGAGAAGAAAAACUUUUUAGAGAAAGAUUUCAGUAUGACAAAGAAAUUAUCGUCAUCAACAGAGCGGUGGCAUGUUCCAGUAAUUCAAGAAAUGGAAUAUUUGAUUUGCCAAUAACUCCUGGAGAAGAACUGGAAGUCAUUGACACCACUGAACAAAACCUAGUGAUAUGUCGCAAUUCUAAAGGGAAAUAUGGAUAUGUACUCAUUGAACAUCUAGAUUUCAAGCAUCAAGAUUGGUCCAGAUAGAAAGGUCAAGAUCAGAAGGGAAAGGCUGCACAACUGAGAGGGGAUCCUAGCGUCUUAGUCCUGCCUCGCAGCAGUUUCAGUUCACAUGUCAAUCGCUGGGUACGGUGGCACAAACCUGUAAUCCCAGCGGCUUGGGAGGCUAAGGCAGGAGGAUCAUGAGUUCAAAGCCAGCCUCAGCAAAAGUGAGGUGCUAAGCAACUCGGCGAGACCCUGUCUCUAAAUAAAAUACAAAAUAGGGUUGGGGAUGUGGCUCAGUGGUUGAGUGCCCUUGAGUUCAGUCCCUGGUACCCACACCCCAAAAUGAGAUGGAAUCUAUGGAAACUUUUGUUGGGCUCUUGGAAGAAAAAACAAGAAAACCUCAACACUUAGUUGUUGAUUUUACGCCUAAGAGUUUUCUCUUUCAAUGUUUUUUUCACUGCUGGUUUGAGAAAAUGUGGAACUGUGUAUGCGAGAACUUGUUUAAUGAGUCAUAUCCAAACUUGGAAAUCAAGACUAUUCAGUUGUGCAGAAGGCUGGUUUGCUUCUAAUAUUAGUAUACAAAAGUUUGUAAUUUCUAGAUAUUAUAGUUUAAAUUUGGUACAAUUAAAUUCUGGUAAUGAAGAUCCUCCAUAUACUCAAAUUUAAGAUACAUUAAACAAUUCUGACUUAAUCUUUUUAAAAAAACCAAGGUGUAAGUGUCCUUUCACUUUAUCACAAAAACAAUCUGAUCAAUGCUAUUCAACAGUGGUUUCCUUUGGGAAUAGGCUGCUGAAAAACAACUUUAAGUUAAACUAGUAUCAUUUAAAGGUGUUUCUAAAUAUAUUUAACAAAAUCUAAAAAAUAUGUGCUAUCUCACUUUAAAAUAUUAUUGCCUAAAAUAAGGACAAUUUUGUCUAUGCUCCAAAACUUAAUUCAAAUAGAAUUCAGUAUUUUUACUUAGAUGAAAUGGAAAUUAAAAAGCAGAGCUGUAAACAAUGAUUCUAUUUUUUUUUUUACUGAUGUGCACUGCAUGUCAGUGAGAUUUGAAAACAGUUGAAUGCAUAUAUAGCAUUUAUAUAAGUGGCUUUAUAUGUACUGAAAUACUGGAGAAUUUCCUUAGUUCUUUAAGCAGGGCAAUUCUGGCCUUCAAGGAUACAAGGGUUACAAGGCCUCUUGCUUUAUACAUUGAGACUAUUUUUUAAGCUCCUACACUCUUUUCGUAUUUUUUUGCAUGUUCUAAAUGGCACUUGCUUUAAUAAAGACCAAGUUUAUUCUAAAAGAAAGAAAUCAAAGGUAUUUGUAUUGUUCAGAGUUUUGACAAUAGCAUAAUUAAAAUUAUGAAUGAAAUGGCUGGAGGAUUAAGAAAGGCAUUAUAAAGGUGAUACUGAAGCUCGCUCUUUUGAAAUAAAGCACAAGAUGGAGAAUGCCAUGCUCUGGCGACUAUGAAGACAUCUAAGGCAAAUGGAGUGGGAAGACUGCUGGGAAGCAGGGUGUUUGGGCUAGGAUGCAACCCAGCAUGCUUAAGCCUUUUGCUCUAGAAAGUGGUGUGCCACUUAAGGGUUAAGCAGGAAGAAAAUGCCACAUGUUUGGGGAAAGGGAAGUGUUUUAGCUUUUUUUACCACUUGACCUAAAGACCUGACAAGAACAAUGUUAGAGAAGGAAAGUCUAUUUGAUGGUCAAGAUUUCAGGUCUCAGACCACAGAUGGUCAACUCCAUUGCUUCAAGUCUAAGGUGAUGCAGAACAUCAUGGUGGAAGAACAUCACGUGGGGAACAAAAGUGGCUCAGGACAUGGCAAUCAGGAGGUAGAAAGGGAGAACUCCCUCACACAGACAAAAUAUAUGCCCCAAAGGCAUGCACCCAGUGACCCUUCUCCUCUUGCCACACCCUACCUGCCUAAAGUCACCAGUUAAUCCAUCAGUCAAGCAGAUUGAUGCGUUGAUUAGGUCAAGGUGCUCUAACCCAAUUGUUUACUCUCUUGUGCUGUCUCGUACAUGAGUCUGGGGGUCGGAGGGACACCUCAUAUCCAAACCAUAACAGGAGGCAAUUGCAUAGAUGAUAGAUAACAGGGGGAAAAGACUAUUUUUGCAAUAUUCUAAGGAAAAGGCCAUCAAGUCUUAAUUGAGGGUAGCAAGGAUUGAAGUACAUAGUACAAGAGCCCCAUCAGAGAUAAAGGAGACAUGUUGUCUUGGUGACUUCUCAGUCAGUUGAGAAUAAUAAUAAGGGAAUGACUCCAAGACUUUUUUUCAGGAGAUGAAAUUAAGGCUCAUACAAAGGGAUAGUAAUUUAUUUCUGCUUGCACUAGGGUCCAUGAACUCCUGAAUUAAAUUUACUAUCCAGUAAUGGGCACUUGUGGCCUCUCCUACCUUCUAGUCCAAGACUUUCUGCAGUUGAUACUGCAGCAGAGGACGAUUAUGGCAUGUGGGCAAGGAAGUGAGUGUGAGUAUACAGCUAGGCUCCUUUCGAGCAGUAGUCCUGUUCAAAGAGAAGUCACUUCACUGAACAAUGAAGUAUUUAAAUCUUGGAGCGGCAGUGGGAUUAAAUCUGAACUGAGAUACAGAUGGCCCUUGCAUUUUUACCUUACCACAGAGCCUCUUCUAAUUCAGUGAUUCAUCUCCUCUGGGUCUCAAUUCCCUCAUUAGUAAAAUGGAGCUAAAAACACUCAUCUACCUUACAGUGAUGUUAUGCUGUAACAUAAUUUAAGUAGAAGUGUUCUACAAUCCUUAAUA